AUGGAGGACGUCUUGAAGCUCCACGCAGCCUGGUGCAAGAGUCUGCAGCAAGCAGUUGACACGGAUGCGUGGGGUCAAGUGCUUGAAGCAGUCGAAGCUUACGAACGGUUCGAAACUAUUGAGAAGGUUAUCGUGUCAAUGGAGAUGCGAGUUAAGUGUCUGAGCUCGGUCGAUGGCCAACGGAAGCCUACAAAGGAAGACAUGGAAGAUGUCUUGGAAGGUGCGCUGUCUGACGAGCCAGAGGUGUUCCCGCUUGAUGUCAGUCGAGCGAUGAGGGCCAAGACUCGCGGCUCGAUGGACAAAGCGAAAGACGUUGGGGGAGAUACCGACCUGGACGAAUGUGCUGCAGCCGAAUUGGUGAACGCAACGACGCAGGUUGCAGUGCUGCGAUCUCCUGGAGCUACGUAUCUGGACAUCCGGAUCACCAAAAUCGGUCUGAAAGACGCCAGUGUCUACGUCAACCCGACCAUGGCCGUCUCUGUCUUCGACUACAGUGGUAAAGCCAUGGAGGAGACCCGUGAGACGGGAGUGGGGGAAUGCAAAGAGCCGCAGUAUGUGACGUUCAAUACCAACAUUCAGCUGGCCACAAAUUUGAGGAAGAUGGAGGAUCACGGAGCUGCCAUUACCUUUGAGUUCUUCCACUACAAAGCCAAGAAGCGUAAAAAAAGUUGUCGCUGCUGGGCGCUACUCGAGAUGGACGAGAUCAAAGACGGACCUGCUGUGCUGGAGCUUUAUCAGAAGCCAAUGGACCCGAAACGCAAGCGCAUUCAUCUCUUCACAGAGAAGGAACUGUAUCUGCAAUUGGAGCUGCGAUUGCAAACACUUUGA